AUGCAGUUUGCUCUCCCUCCACGGAAGAGCCCUCAUGCUCAUCCUUAUGCUCGUUCAUCAUCCCGCCUCUCGUAUCAACGCCGCCAACAAUUGAAGACGGUCGCAGUCCUAGGGUUUGCGAUCCUCACAAUCUUCUUCCUUCUAUCACACUUUUUCUCGUCGAAUACGACAUCCAUUGCAGUACCCGCUGGAACCUCGAGUGUUGUCAUUGUGACCGUUCUAGACCGUGCGGCUUUGAGUGACAACUACAUCCAGAAGAUCGUCAGGAACAGAGAAGACUAUGCUAAACGACAUGGCUAUACCAACUUCUUUGCGAACGUGGACGACUACGCAACUGCCAUAGGCAAUUCCCCGCGCAGCUGGGCCUUGGUCCCUGCUGUUCGUCAUGCUAUGGGAGUUCAUUCUCACUCGACAUGGUUCUUCCAUCUCAGCCCUCACGCCUUGAUAAUGGACACGAGCCAGUCUCUCAAGUCCCAACUUCUUGAUAAAAGUCGUCUCGAGUCUGUGAUGCUCAAGGAUGUUGCCGUCGUGCCACCGGACAGCAUCAUCAAGACCUUUUCGCAUUUGAAAGCCCAUGACAUCGAUUUGAUCCUUAGUACAGACAGUGAGGAUCUGAGCUCCGGCAGCUUUGUGAUCAAGCAGGGCGAGUUUGCACGGUUCUUCCUCGAUCUCUGGUUCGAUCCUUUGUUCCGCCAGUAUAACUUUGCAAAGGCACAGACUCAUGCUUUGGACCAUAUUGCUCAAUGGCACCCGACCAUUCUGGCCCGGCUGGCGUUGGUGCCCCAGAGAAUCAUCAACGCUUACAGCAGAGACUCCCCUGGCGCCGCAGUGGAUGGAACCUACAAGGAUGGCGAUUUCGUCAUUCGAUUGUUAGGAUGCGACAGUGAUCCCAAGCGGAGCUGCGAGAAGGAGCUCGAACCGUACUACAACUCUUGGGCGAGAAAGUUGACACAUCAAUAA